AAAUAAUGAUCCGAUUGAGAAAAGAGUAGCCAACCUCGAAAUACAAUCUGAAACUUUGGAAUAUUUCAACCAUAGGAGAAUAAUUAGUUAAAUUAUUUUUGAAAUCAAUUAUUUAAAAUCUAUCAAUUACUGUGUUUGUCUAAUGGUAAUAAAAUCGGAAAAUAACCAGUGCAGACGCUCGGUCUAAAUCUUGUUUGUAUUAUAAUCUUUUGUAGUGGAAAUUUGGAAUAAAUCUACAAGAGUAAAAAACAAAACACAUUAUGGGUUGGCUAGAAUCGACGGUUAUAUAUAGUAAAAGUUAUAAUAAAAAUGUUCAUAAUAGACGUGUAUGUUGUUUUUUUUCCUUUGCAAUUGGAAACUUCUUUCUAAUGGAGAAGUUUGGGAUCCAAAACCGAACUCUGGUUUCAUUUCUUAUUGUUCUGUUUCUCUUUAUCUGUUCUAACUGUUUUGCAUGGUCUCAAAACGACGACGUUAGUGAGGUCUCCGGGACUGAGCAAAAAUGGGUUAGGGUUGGGUUGGUUUUGGAUCUGGGUUCCGUGGAGGGAAAGAUAGUGGGAAGCUCUGUUUCCUUGGCGCUUUCUGAUUUCUACACUGUUAACAGUAAUUACAGAACACGAAUCAUUCUCUCUGUCAGAAACUCUCACGGAGAGCCUAUCCUAGCUCUCGCUUCAGCUAUUGAUCUUCUGCAAACUGAAGGAGUUAAGGCAAUUAUUGGCGGGAACUCGUUGCUUGAGACGAAGCUUUUGGCGGAGAUUGGAGAGAAAGCUAGAAUUCCUGUGAUUUCACUUAACUCUCCGGUUUCAUUGUCAUUGAGCAAAUACAGUCAUUUGAUCCAAGCGACGUAUGAUUCAUCCUCCGAGGCAAAGGGCAUUACAGCUUUCAUCCAUGAGUUUGAUUGGAAGAGUGUUGCUCUUGUUCAUGAAGAUGAAGAUGACUGGAGAGAGAGUAUGCAGCUCCUGGUAGACCAUUUCCAUGAGAACGGAGUUCAUAUACGGUCCAAGGUUGGUUUUACAGUCUCUUCAACCGAGGAGGUUAUGAUGGAUAGGCUAAGGAAGCUGAAGGACUUGAGAACAACUGUUUUUGUGGUGCACUUGUCUGAGCUUAUUGCAACUCAUCUCUUCCCAUGUGCUGAGAAAUUAGGGAUGAUGUCUGAAGGGUUUGCUUGGAUCCUCACUGUUAAAAGCAUGAACAGUUUUAAUCAAAACCUUGACGAUUUUUCAAAACAGGCAAUGGAAGGUGUGGUUGGUUUCAGGUCUUACAUCCCAAUGUCAAAAAAGCUUCACAAUUUCACUUCUAAAUGGAGAAAAUCACUUCCUGUUGAAGAAGAUGCGGGGUCUGAGAUAGCUCGGCUGAGCAUCCCUGGUGUAUGGGCUCACGAUGUAGCCUGGGCACUGGCGAGAGCAGCAGAGUUUACAAGGAUGUCAAAUGUAUCAUCAACUCUUCUUGAGGCUAUCACAGAGUGUAGGUUUAAAGGUUUAAGUGGUGACUUCCGUAUCAAGAAUAAGAAGUUGUUGUCCAACAAGUUUGAGAUUGUGAAUUUGAUAGGAUCAGGCGAGAGAAGAGUGGGAUUAUGGAAUUCUAAUGGUAGUUUCAGCAACAAGCUGGAGACCAUAUUCUGGCCUGGUGGGACUAUCCAAAAUCCGCAAGGACUCCAACUAGGAGAAAGCAAGAGAAAAACGCUCAGGGUUUUGGUUACAUCUAGCAACAGAUUCCCAAAACUGGUGAACGCGACGACUGAUCCAAGAACAAAAAAAAUUACUGCUGAUGGGUUCUGUAUACAAGUCUUCAAUGCUUCCAUUAGGCGUUUCAACUAUGAUGUGGAGUACACACUUUGGACUGGUGGUCCUAACUACGACAAUCUUGCAUAUACACUUAGUACCCAGAAAGACAAAUAUGAUGCGGCCGUGGGAGAUAUUACAAUCACUUCCAAUAGAUCAAAUUAUGUUGAUUUUACUAUUCCAUUCACUGAACUGGGUCUAGGAAUGGUAGCACCAAAGCAAAGUAGUAUGUGGGUAUUCUUUCAACCUCUAACACUAGACCUUUGGAUGACAAGUGCAGCUUUCUUUGUCUUGACGGGGACUAUAGUUUGGUUGAUAGAAAGACCUGAGAACACUGAGUUCCAGGGAUCUUGGUCACAACAGAUUGGAGUUAUGCUUUGGUUUGGCUUCUCUACCCUUGUUUAUGCUCACAGGGAGAAGCUAAAACACAACUUAUCAAGAUUUGUAGUCACCGUUUGGGUAUUUGCAGUGCUCAUACUGACUACGAGUUAUACUGCAACAUUGACAUCAAUGAUGACGGUGCAACAGAUAAGAUUCAACACCAACAAAGACUUUGUGGGUCACCUUUCUGGCUCACUCAUUGCAAAUGAGACCCUCAAAGCAAUGAAUACCAAAGGUCUCAAUACCUCUGAAGAUUAUGCUAAAGCCCUGUUGAACAACACAGUCGCAUUCAUUAUCGAUGAGUUGCCAUACCUCAGUGUCCUCCUUGGAGAGAAUCCUGGACGUUUUCUAAUGAUCAAGCCACAAGUUACCACCAACGGUUUCGGAUUUAUGUUUCAAAAGGGUGACGAAUUGGUGCAUAAUGUGUCCAAAGAAAUAUCGGAGCUAAGGACAAAAGGGAGGCUUAACGAGAUGGCGAAAACAUGGUUUGAGAAUCGUUUUCCAUAUACAAUAGAUGAUACACCAGACCCUAUAGACCUUUACAGAUUUCGAGGUUUGUUUAUGAUCACGGGGGGUUCUUCAGCUCUUGCUCUUGCAGUAGUUCUCAUUAUCUGGCUCCGGGACACAUGGGGAGAUCUUAUGAAUUCGAUCAGCAUAUUUCUUGCGGGAGGAUUUAUACAUUUCAGGAUCCUCUUUGCAAGAACUGUCUCUCCCAGCCCCGUCGAUGAGCCCAUUGGCGAGAAUGCAAUGCAAAUGGCUCAACGUAACACACAAUAGAAGUGGAUGGUUUUGUUGUUGUGUGUAAUAGUACAAGUGAAGGUGGAUGCUCCUGUUCUUGUGUGUUGUUGUGUUCAAGUCUUCAGCGUACGUGAUGUUGUUCGUCUUUGACUCUGACUUAGAGCCUCACCCGAACAACCUUUCCCUUCUUUCUCCAGAGGUCCGUCAGUCCACUGUGAUAUGAUUCUUGUUUGAUUCAAACCGGAUGACGUCAUCUGUAAAUAUAAAAUGAUGUUUUGACCAAUCCUUUCUUGUAAGUUGCAGAUGUAAUAUAUUGAUUUCUUACUAUGA